AUGACCAGACAGCCGCUGCCACUUUCCUCUGAGUGGGCGUCGCCAGAUGCCUACCUUGACUCUCUGCUAUCAUUCGCGACAAGAACAGAAAUAUUCAAGAACUUCUGCGGAGGAGUUCAUAUACUGGAUUUUCUCAUAAGAGAGCCUGAUCUAUACCUCUCCGUCGUCCCCGAGGACUGGCGUGAGUUCUUUGCCCGCCAUGAGAUACUAGAUAUCCUGGAUCUCCUCAUGAGAGAAGACAUCCGUCCUUUUUUAAAUACACAGAGUGAAGAGGAGCACCUUACCUGGAGGGACGGCCCGGUACCUCCCAGGAGUCUGGUUGAAUAUAUUCAUAAUAUCAGACGACACUCUCUGCGCAGGGAGUUUACGCCCGUCAGCGAACAGCCUGAUAUAAACCGGCCCGUGGGCAAGAAAGGCAUCCCAUACCAUGUUUUUAUAGGCAUGAAGCCGAAGAAGUGCCAUGAGGUAGAGAAUUUCUCGAAAUACGUUGCUUCUCUUACUGAGGAUGUCGAUCGUAUUCGAGGUGAGGAGGAAGGGAUCUCUCAUAUCGUGGAUUUUGGAUCUGGUCAGAAUUACCUGGGCAGGGCGCUGGUUAGCCCGCCUUAUAAUCGACAUGUCAUUGCUAUUGAACGACGGCAUAACGACAUUGCCAGUGCGAAGAGGAAGGAUAUCAGGGCAAAAGUGGCGGAGAAGACUAUCGUGAUGAGAAAUAAAAAGGAGCAUAGGGCAAAGAUGCGAGCUGCUGCUGUGUUGGAUGAUGAGACUACAAUCAAGUCUGUAUCUGAGAGUGGUGAUGCUACAUUGGGCACACCGGGGAAAAAGGGAGAAAAUCCAGCAGAUUUGGCAACAAUACUUCUUAUUGCUGAUACACGAGCUGAUGCUGGUUCUGGUGAAAAGGAGCUGGAGACUACAAGGUCGGGCCCUAAAGGCUCGUUGGACUAUGUAGAACACGAGAUCCGUGAUGGUUAUCUAGAACCUAUCAUCAAACACAUCACCGGGGCUCCUGAAAAUGACGUGGAACAAGAUAAGGCCUCUACAAAUGACUCCACGUCUACAUCUGCAUCACGAGUCAUGGUAGUAUCCCUUCAUUCAUGCGGAAACCUUGUACACCACGGCAUCAAGUCUCUCAUCUUGAACCAGUCUGUGGUUGCUAUCGCGAUGAUUGGGUGUUGCUACAACCUGAUGACCGAACGACUCGGCCCUGCAACGUACAAGUUACCUUCAUUGAGACUACCAAACAGCCGCUUGCAGCAGACAUCCAGUUCAUGUGAUCCCCAUGGGUUCCCAAUGUCGAGACAUUUCGAGCAAUAUAAGCAUGAAACUGGCGAAGGAAUCCGGUUAAACAUCACUGCUCGAAUGAUGGCGGUACAAGCUCCAUAUAACUGGGGUAACGAGGACAGUGAAGCAUUCUUCACCCGCCACUUUUAUCGUGCAUUGUUACAGCGGGUUCUGGUCGACUAUGAAGUCGUCCCUGUUCCGGGAAGAACCAGCUCUGGUGACACAGCCGGAAAACCAGAAGUCGCAGCAGACGCUGAAAUACCUGGCUGCCCAUUGAUCGUGGGAUCAUUGCGGAAAUCUGCAUUUCUAUCAUUCACAGCAUAUGCUAGAGCUGCAGUGGCAAAGCUAGUGCAUGAUCCCUUGUACGGUGAUGUGAUUAAAGAGAGGGUUGAAGGUCUCCCUGAUCACACGCUGGAGGAGUACGUGGCUCGGUAUCAGCCUGCGAAAAAAAAUUUGAGCGUGGUCUGGAGUCUUAUGGCGUUCAGUGCUUCAGUCGUAGAGUCCAUGAUCGUGACUGAUCGUUGGUUGUAUCUUCGGGAGCAGGAGGUCGUCAAAGAUGCCUGGGUUGAGCCUGUUUUUGAGUAUUCACACAGCCCAAGGAACCUCGUCGUCGUUGGCGUUAAAAAGUGA